UUUUUAAAUUAUAUUUCUUACGCGUAGAUACUAAAAAAACCCUAUAUAAAGAACACACACCUCUCACAUUUUUUUCCAUCACCACCAACAAUUUAUUAAAAAAAAAAAAUUAAAAAAAUGGUUUACUUUGUGAUUAUUCUCCCUAUUGUAUUGCUUCUUUUGGCGUAUAGGUUGAUAUUCACUUCCAAAACGCACCGUUUCAAUCUCCCGCCUGGACCGCCGGCUCUCCCCGUCGCCGGCCACCUCCACCUCUUGAAACCGCCAGUCCAUCGCCUCUUCCUCCGCUUCUCCGACAAGUACGGCCCCAUCUUCUCCCUCCGCUUCGGCUCACGCCGAGUCGUGGUCGUAUCUUCCUCGGCCCUGGCUAGGGAAUGCUUCACGGGCAAGAACGAUAUCGUUCUGUCCAACCGUCCACGUUUCUUGACCCCGAAGUACGUGGCCUACAACUACACCACUGUCGGAACCGCCCCUUACGGCGACCACUGGCGAAACCUCCGCAGAGUCUGCGCCGUCGAGAUUCUCUCCACUCACCGACUCACCAACUUCCUCCACGUCCGUAAAGACGAGAUCUUUCGGAUGCUGACUCGGCUGUCACGAGACAACGUUGGUGGGUUCGCUCAGGUCGAGCUCGAGCCACUCUUGUCGGACCUCACGUUCAACAACAUUGUGAGAAUGGUGACGGGGAAGACGUACUACGGGGAUGAGAUCCAUAACGAGGAAGAGGCGAAUCUGUUCAAGAAGCUGGUGGCUGAGAUCAACGACAAUAGCGGCGCGAGCCACCCGGCUGAUUACUUGCCUUUCUUGAAAGUGUUCGGGCAUAAGUACGAGAAGAAAGUGAAGGCGAUUGGUGAAGCCAUGGACGAGUUCUUACAGCGUCUGCUCGACGAGUGCCGACAAGACAAGGACGGAAACACCAUGGUCAGUCACUUGCUGUCUCUGCAAGAACAGCAACCGGAGUAUUACACAGACAUCAUAAUCAAAGGCCUAAUGCUGGGCAUGAUGCUGGCCGGAACCGACACAUCAGCCGUGACCCUAGAAUGGGCAAUGUCCAGUCUACUCAACCAUCCAGAAGCAUUGGACAGGGCAAGAUCAGAAAUCGACGAGAAAAUCGGACAAGACCAUCUGAUCGACGAACCAGACAUCGACAACCUCCCUUACCUCCAAAACGUAGUGUCGGAGACAUUCCGGCUAUACCCAGCGGCGCCGCUCCUGGUCCCUCGAUCGCCGACGGAGAACAUCAAAAUCGGAGGGUACGACGUGCCAAGGGACACGAUCGUUCUGGUGAACGCCUGGACCAUACACAGGGACCCGGAGCUCUGGACCGACCCGGAGAAGUUCGAGCCGGAGAGGUUCCGCAACCGAUGCGGCGGCGGAGAAGCGGAUGUUCACCGGAUAAUGCCGUUCGGGAACGGCCGAAGAUCUUGUCCCGGAGCCGGAUUGGGACAGAGGAUUGUGGCAUUGGCGUUGGGAUCGCUGAUUCAGUGCUUCGAUUGGGAGAAAGUGAACGGCGGAGCGAUCGACAUGAGAGAGGCUCCGGGCAUGGCGAUGAGAAAGAUGGUGCCUUUACGGGCCUUGUGCAGGCCUCGGCCCAUCAUGGGUAAACUUCUGGCUAAGUCAGCGGCUUAGCUCCCCCCCCCCCCCGACAAUUUGAGCCCUAAAUAUUUUUAAAAAAUUCUUCAUACCCUAGUGUAUUAAUGAUCAAAUAAAUACUAGAUUGCAUUGUGUCUCAA